UAAAUUUCAGAAAAAUGUCAAAGGUUCAGAUAAACAAUGUUGUUGUUCACAACAACCCUGCAAUGUUCAAGAGUGAUUUUCAUUUUGAUAUAACUUUCGACUGUAUGGAGAACUUAGUGGAUGAUCUUGAAUGGAAGUUGACCUACGUAGGAUCCGCUGAAUCCCAAUCUUACGAUCAGGUUCUGGAUACUAUAUACGUGGGCCCAGUAGCUGAAGGAAGACAUAUGUUCACCUUUCAGGCUGACCCCCCUAACCCGGACCUGAUACCUAAAGCAGAUAUUAUCGGAGCUACCGUUGUUCUUCUAACUUGUAGUUAUCAUGAACAAGAGUUCAUCAGGGUCGGAUAUUUUGUAAACAAUGAGUAUGAGAGUGAUGAGCUGAGAGAGAAUCCUCCUGAAACCCCGAAUAUAUCAGUCAUUCACAGGAGUAUAAUGGCAGAUCAACCUAGAGUAACCAGGUUCAAGAUCAAUUGGGGAGAUCAGGCUUCUCAGGAACCAACCGGAGAAGAGAUGAUGAACGAGGACGGAGAACUCCAACAGGCUGUACUGGAUACUGACUCAAUGCUUGAACCUCUUCCAUCAGCGUUUAAAGACGUACACUCCAUGGAUGAGACCAGUAAUGUAGAGAUGGAGAUGGCAUUCUAGAUUGAUCCAAGUACCUGAUAGAACCUAGAGAGCUCAUUGCAAACCCAACACUAAAUUCUGAUGUGAAGAGCACUUAUUCUGUACAAACCCUUAUUAUGUAUCUUAGUUUUUCAGCGCGCGGACGCGACAGAAAAUUUCCGCUGUGACAAUUCCUUAUUUUAGAUUAAUGUAUUUCAGA